AUGGGUGUACUAAGUUCUGUAUACAAUUUUUUUAAUACUCCUAAACGACAACAAGUUCUUUUAAGUAAAAUUGCAAGUAAAGAAACAAAUACAAAAGCCACUAGACUUAAAAAUCUAUGCCCCACAAGAUGGAUUCAACGACAUGAAUCAGUUUUAAUUUUCUUAGAACUACAAAAUGCUGUUACAAUUUCUCUUGAAACCAUUUCUUCGUGGCAAGACAAAACUACUUGUUCUACAGCUUUACAACUAUUAUCCGCAAUUCUGAAUGUUGAAUUCCAGAUAUCCCUCCGUACUACUGCCAAGAUCUUUGGUAUAACUUCUCCCUUGAGUCGUUUAUUACAAACAGAAAAUCUAGACUUAUCAACUGCAAUGAUUCUCGCAACAAACAUUGAAGAAAUGUUAAUUAAAAUGCGUAAUGAUAGUGAAAAAGAAUUUAAUUAUAUUUUCAAUGAUGUUCAAAAAAUAUGUUCUGAUUGGGAUGUUGAUGUUAAAAUUCCACGAAAAGUUGGCAGGCAAGUACACCGUAGUAAUAUUGAAACAGAUUCACCUGAAGUAUAUUUUCGUGUUUCAAUAUUCAUUUUAUUUUUAGAUUUUUUUAUUACCCAAAUUCAAAGACGUUUGUUAGAUCAUAAACAAAUUUUGUCAAGUUUUCACUGUCUCUUGCCAUCAAAAAUAAAUAAUUUAGAAUUCAAAAAACAAUUUGAGACUGACAUUGUACAUUUAGUACGUCGUUAUGAAAAAAUCGUUAACUGCAGUGAAGAACAAAGUAUCGGAGAACUUAGAUUAUGGUGGAAUUAUGUAAGCCAAAUGAAUGACAAUCUUAAAAAUGCCCAUUCAGCUUUACUUGUAUGUGAUGAAAAAAUAUUUCCAAUUAUACGAAAACUUUUAGUUAUUCUUGUUACUCUACCAGUAACGACGACUACACCAGAAAGGACUUUUUCGACUCUUCGUCGUCUCAAAACCUAUCUACGAAAUACAACCGGAGAAUCUCGGAUUAGCAAUGCUAAAUAUUCAUCGGGAUAUUGA